AUGCAACUAGAAAAGAAACGUAAAAGUAUUGAUGAUUCAACUGAUAUUCGUACUAAAUUGUUAAAAUUAGACAAACCAACAAAUGAAACUCAAGCUGUAUCCAAUCUACCAACAGUAGUUCAUUUGCGUCGUUCAAAAGGAAAAAUUGUACAAGAUUGUGAUAUUUAUAUUGGUCGUGCUUGCAAUAUGGGUGGUUGGCAAUUGAAUCAAAGUAAAUGGCAUAAUCCAUAUUCUGUUAAACAAUAUGGACGAGAUGGUGCUCUGGAUUGUUAUAAAAAAUAUAUUGAAUCAAAUCAAAAUAAUCUACUCGAUGAUCUGCAUGAACUAGCUGGAAAAAGAUUAGGAUGUUGGUGUAAACCUAAUCGUUGUCAUGGAGAUAUUCUUCGUGAACUGUUCAAAAAAAGAAAUUCAACAAUAGAACAAAGCAUCGAAUAG